AUGACGUGCCCCAUCACCACGGGGGACCUCACCACCACGGUGCGCUCCAGGACUUCCGUGACUGCCCCUCCCCCCGCCAGCCGCCCCCCCACCACCACACCCACCAUCAUGGUGGAGCGCAUCACCCCACACCCCUUGCCCUGGCUGGGUCCAGGGGCGCUCUCCUCUCCCGCCGCCCCCAUGCUGAGGACUUCCUCGCUGAUGAACACCGCCAGGGGAGCAGGAGACCUGAGAGUAGACCCCACGCCCAGAGCGAGCCCUACCCCCAGGGGGGGCCCCACAGCCACAGUGGGCCUCACCACCAGAGUGACGUUUUCCACUACAGUGGGCUCCCACCUGAAGGUGAGCCUUACCACCAUAAAGAGGCCCACAGCAACAGUGAGGUCUAUGACCAGGGGGGCCCCCAGCACGGUGACGCUGACGACCGUGGCAGGCACCAUCAUCAUCAAGGCCACCACCACCGAAGGCCUCUCCAUCAUGGAGAGACCCAUUCCCAUCACUCUUUCCACGCGGGGUCCUCCCACCAAGGCGUGCCUUGCGACCCCAGCGAGCACCACCGCAGCCACCACGGCCACCACGGAGAGCACCACCGCAGAGAGCGCCCGCACGGCGCCGGACACCACGACGCCCUCCGCAGCGAGCACUAUGUCCAGCAGCCCAGAAACCCUCGAGCCCCGCCGGGUGCCCACGCAGGGCGUGCUUGAUGGCUUGACUGAGUCCCCCGAUGCAGGGCACCCACAUGCCUCCAGGGUCUCCAACAAGGUCCACCCUCAGGAUUCCUGCUCUAAAACUUCAGGAAGCUGGGCUGAAGAGGAGCAGUUUCAGAAGCGCAAAACCAUCAGAGCCCAGCGGGCUCACAGGAAGCUGCACAAUUGGUUGUGGGAAAACAUCUGCCACCUCUUUCAUGGCCUUCGGAAGAUGCUCAGGAACCUGACUGACUCCCUGGUCUUCGACGCCUUCAUCUUCCUUGUUGUCUGCCUCAACACCAUCAUGCUUGUGGCCCAGACCUUUGCAGAAGUUGAGAUCCGGGGCGAGUGGUACUUUAUCGCCUUUGACUCCAUUUUCCUCUCCAUCUACGUGGUGGAAGCUAUGCUCAAGAUCAUUGCUAUGGGCCUCGACUAUUUUUGUGAUGCCUGGAACAAUCUGGACUUCAUCAUCAUGAUCAUGGCUGUGGUGGACUUCACGCUCAUGCAGUUCAACUCCCGCUCCUUCAAGCGCACCAUCUACAACCAAAAAGUCUUCAGGGUCUUCAAGGUCUCCAAGAGCCUGCGGGCCCUGAGGGCCAUUCGGGUCCUGCGGAGGCUCAGCUUCCUGACCAGCCUCCAGGAAGUGACCGGGACCCUGGUGCGGUCCUUGCCAUCCAUCACCGCCAUCCUUGUCCUCAUGUUUACCUGCCUCUUCCUCUUCUCUGUGGUGCUCCGGGCACUGUUCCGCCAAUCUGACCCCAAGCGUUUCCAGAACAUCUUCACCACCAUCUUCACCCUCUUCACCUUGCUCACUCUGGACGACUGGUCCGAAAUCUACCUGGACAGCUGGGACCAGGGGGCCUGGUACAUCAUCCCCAUUCUCAUGAUUUACAUCAUCAUCCAGUACUUCAUCUUCCUCAACCUCGUGAUCGCCGUGCUGGUGGAUAACUUCCAGAUGGCGCUGCUCAGAGGCCUGGAGAAAGUGAAGCAGGAGAGGGCCGCCCGGAUCCAGGAGCCGCUGCUGUGUGAAUCGCUGACAGAGCUCGACAAAGCAGAACCAAAAGAGGUGAUGAGUGAACACACCAAACAGAAGCGCCUCAUCGAGAAAAAAUUUGGGACCAUGACUGAGAAGCAGCAGGAGCUAGUGUUUCAUUUCCUGCAGCUGGUGGCUGGGGUGGAGCAUUAUCAACAGAAGUUCCGCUCCCAGGCAUCCGUCAUCGAUGAGAUCGUGGACACAGCGUUUGAGACUGGAGAAGAGGAUUUCCGGAAGUGA